GUAGAGGGUGGUUGACUGCCUGCUGGCAGUGACCUCAUCCUGUUGUGUAACAUGAGGGCUGUCUCUUCGUUUAGCCACUGCUGCCAUGGGAAGAAACGGAGAGGCAAGGUGGUUUCUGAGCUCACCACAGCUCACCUUGCUCUGGAUAGAGAGACUUUGACUGUCUGGGGAUUUCUAAGCUGCCUGUAACUCUCACUUACUGACUUCACUCCCUUAUCGCCAGCCAUCUCUCCUCCUUUUCCACGUCCUUCUCCUCCUCUCUUUCUGGAGGGAGGUGGGAGAAAAAGUGUGUGUGUGUGUGUGUGUGACUACAAAUUCUGCGUAGGAACUGCUGGGCUGUGACUCAGUGCUCCUCAAGUGUGUUUUGUAAAAAAUAGUGUGUGUGUGAUUUUACAUAAGUAUGUGUGUCGGUGCGUCCGUACUUGUGUGUGCGUGCCAUGACUAACGGUGACUGACUCCAACAACACACUCACUACUGAGAUCUGUCUGUAACCAGUCACACAGACAGACUGAGGGUUGGCUGCUGGAGCACCAGCCUGCAGAGAGAGUAACAUGGUGAUCCCAGGUAGCAGCAGAUCACCUGAACCACACAGCACAGCCAUCAACAGCCAGGCUGCAGUACACAAUGUUCAGCAGUCACUCUACUGAGACUUCCAGCAGUGUGUGCAAUGCGCACGUUCCCCUGUGUCUGUUUCUUUUUCAGUGUAUUUCUGAGCGUGUUCUGUGUCUAUUUCAGUACCCCUGUGUGCGUUAGCAACACUCAUUAGUCCCUGUGCGUUAGCAACACUCAUUAGUCCCCGUGCGUUAGCAACACUUAUUAGUCCCUGUGUGUUAGCAGCACCCAUUAGUCCCUGUGUGUUAGCAGCACCCAUUAGUCCCUGUGCGUUAGCAACACCCAAUAGUCCCCUUGUGUUAGCAACACUCAUUAGUCCCUGUGUGUUAGCAGCACCCAUUAGUCCCUGUGUGUUAGCAGCACCCAUUAGUCCCCGUGUGUUAGCAGCACCCAUUAGUCCCCGUGUGUUAGCAGCACCCAUUAGUCCCUGUGUGUUAGCAACACUCAUUAGUCCCCGUGUGUUAGCAACACUCAUUACUCCCCGUGUGUUAGCAGCACCCAUUAGUCCCCGUGCGUUAGCAAUACCCAUUAGUCCCCGUGUGUUAGCAACACUCAUUAGUCCCCUUGUGUUAGCAACACUCAUUACUCCCCGUGUGUUAGCAGCACUCAUUAGUCCCCGUGUGUUAGCAGCACCCAUUCGUCCCUGUGUGUUAGCAACACUCAUUAGUCCCCAUGCGUUAGCAACACUCAUUAGUCCCUGUGCGUUAGCAACACUCAUUAGUCCCCGUGCGUUAGCAACACUCAUUAGUCCCCGUGCGUUAGCAACACUCAUUAGUCCACGUGCGUUAGCAACACUCAUUAGUCCACGUGCAUUAGCAACACUCAUUAGUCCACAUGCGUUAGCAACACUCAUUAGUCCCCUUGUGUUAGCAGCACCCAUUACUCCCCGUGUGUUAGCAGCACCCAUUAGUCCCCGUGUGUUAGCAACACUCAUUAGUCCCUGUGUGUUAGCAGCACCCAUUAGUCCCUGUGUGUUAGCAGCACCCAUUAGUCCCCGUGUGUUAGCAACACUCAUUAGUCCCCGUGCGUUAGCAACACUCAUUAGUCCCUGUGUGUUAGCAGCACCCAUUAGUCCCUGUGUGUUAGCAGCACCCAUUAGUCCCUGUGUGUUAGCAGCACCCAUUAGUCCCUGUGUGUUAGCAGCACCCAUUAGUCCCUGUGUGUUAGCAACACUCAUUAGUCCCUGUGUUUUAGCAGCACCCAUUAGUCCCCGUGUGUUAGCAGCACCCAUUAGUCCCUGUGUGUUAGCAGCACCCAUUAGUCCCUGUGUGUUAGCAGCACCCAUUAGUCCCUGUGUGUUAGCAGCACCCAUUAGUCCCCGUGUGUUAGCAGCACCCAUUAGUCCCCGUGUGUUAGCAGCACCCAUUAGUCCCCGUGUGUUAGCAGCACCCAUUAGUCCCUGUGUGUUAGCAGCACCCAUUAGUCCCCGUGUGUUAGCAACACUCAUUAGUCCCUGUGUGUUAGCAGCACCCAUUAGUCCCCGUGUGUUAGCAGCACUCAUUAGUCCCCGUGCGUUAGCAACACUCAUUAGUCCCUGUGUGUUAGCAGCACCCAUUAGUCCCUGUGUGUUAGAAACACUCAUAAGUCCCCGUGUGUUAGCAACACUCAUUAGUCCCUGUGUGUUAGCAGCACCCAUUAGUCCCCGUGUGUUAGCAACACUCAUUAGUCCCUGUGUGUUAGCAGCACCCAUUAGUCCCUGUGUGUUAGCAGCACCCAUUAGUCCCUGUGUGUUAGCAACACUCAUUAGUCCCCGUGUGUUAGCAACACCCAUUAGUCCCCGUGUGUUAGCAGCACCCAUUAGUCCCUGUGUGUUAGCAGCACCCAUUAGUCCCUGUGUGUUAGCAGCACCCAUUAGUCCCUGUGUGUGUAUGUUUGAACUUUUAUUGUCCUCGUUUGCUAGUGAACUGAGAGCUUGUUGUGCAGCAGCAGAUUGUAUCAAUUCACAGGACAGAUCAAUGUGUAUUUAUAGCUGCUGUGGUGGCGUGGGAGGUUGCUGCUCAUCACAAGUGGGUUAGUGGCUAAUCUGCUGUUGACUGUGUGUGUGUGUCCCUCCCCACACAUGAAUAGGAAUUAGUCACCAGAGCUUCUUUAGCCUCUGCAUCCUGCUUUGUUUUGGAUUUGAGAAGAAAAAAAACGAAUGUUGCUCUGGUAGGAGAAGUCGGCACAGUGGCAGUCAGGGCUUUCCCUGAUUUCAGAACAGGGGUUAAAAAGAACAGUGAGGGAGAGCGGGCAGGAAAGCAACGACAGAAAGAGAAGGGAAGUGGGACUUCUAGCUGGUGCUCAAGCAGAAGGAGAGGCAGUCAGAAGUGAGAACCGAAAGCUACGACUCUUAUCUCAACUCACUCUGUGGAGGUUUGAGUGAGAGAGUUCACUGACAGACAGACAGACGGACAGACAGUUGGCCAGACGCUCUCUCUGCGUUCCACUCCGCUGUGGCGUUUCAUGAGUUGAGGAGAGGGCAGGAAAGAAUGUCAGACAGUUAUUGGUCGAGGAGGAGAGUGUCUGGCUGACUUACUGAGAAGGUAAUGUCAGGUGUUCCUCAGUGAACUACAUGUUAUCUGACUCUGAGGAGAGAAGACACACAGAGACUUCAGAACAGAUUCCGACCACAGAACAGUUUUCUGCCAUUUGCGAAGAUAAAAUCGAAGAAGCACAGAAAGAACUGAAAGAUCCCAAAGCCAGUGCACAGAAAGGGAUCAAUGAGUGUGGUCGAACAAGUGCAGAUAACAUAAAGGGACUGAAGAGGAAAAAGGUUGUGACAGAGAACCAGCUGAAGAAAAUACCCAAAUCUCCUGUGAAGAAGCCCUUACAGUCCAAGACCUCUGUGGCAACACUCCAAGGUACCUCGUCCAAGGAGGCUGUGAACUCCUGCUCCAAUCCCGACAGCCCCUCUCGAAACCCUGCCAGCUCACCAAGCCGGAACAGAGAUACGGAGUACCUUCGGCCUGUUGCUGAAUCCUCUGAGGGAGUGACAUCAUCCAUUGACAGUGAUAGGCUGAAGCAGAGGGAAGUGGCUUCCUCAAAGCCACAGUCUCUUGAUCCGGUCAGUGGUAAAGAGGGGUCUGCCUCUGGUGUUGGGGAAUCUGAGCAGCUCAAGGACCGUAAGAGCGGCGAAACUGGAUGUGAAGGUGACGCUACUUACCACACCAACGCUCCACUUGAGGUCUUGCUCAAGGCUAUGGAAUCAGAUUUCAGCUCCUUGGCAGAAAGAAACACACAUGUUCCAGUCACAUCUGUUGGAGAACCAAGUCAAACCCUUUCUGCCCAGUUUAUUAGUGAAUUGAAUGCUAUGCCAGCUGUACAUUUUGGACUUCAAACUCAGCCUGGCCAUUUGCAAACUUACUUUGUAAAUAAACAAGAGAGCUACACCACCAUGCAGGCCUCGACCCAGGCUACUGCCUUGCAGAAUUCACAGCAUGCUACACAGUAUUUCAGCAACCGGGAAAAGCCUGUUCUACAAAUGAGCUUCAGUACUGGGCCCUCCGCUGCCCGUACUCAUACACCUAUUCCAUCUGGCUCCAAUUCCUUACCCAAGAGCCAGCCACCGGUGGUCCACACAUGCCAGUCCCUAUCUGCCAGUGUCCCCAGUACCAUUCAAGUCCCUGUUACACCUGGUUACAACCCAGUCCAUAUGGCCACAGUUGUAAACUUUGGUCUUGAACAGAUGUGUAGCAUCUCCCCAAAGCACCAGAAGCCUAAGAAGCAGGGGAAGUAUGUGUGUGAAUACUGCAGUCGGGCAUGUGCAAAGCCUAGUGUGCUCCUCAAGCACAUCAGGUCCCACACAGGAGAACGUCCCUACCCAUGUGUUACAUGUGGCUUCUCAUUCAAGACCAAGAGCAAUCUGUACAAGCAUAAGAAAUCCCAUGCUCACGCAAUAAAACUGGGGCUUGUGGCACGUUCCGACUCUGGAAGUGGGUCCCUCUCUGUGGAGUCUGACAAAGCACCCGGAACACAUUCAGAUGUAGAGGAAAGCGGGGACAGUGACGAGGAAAGUAGCACAGCGGACCUGGACCCUGACUCGUCACAAGGCAGUGUUGCAGCGUUCUCUGAGAGCAGUUUGCAGAGUGCAGGCACAACACAAGGCAACCAUGGGGAUGCAGGGGACCUAUCGGCUGUUUUCGAAAUGCUUAAACCAACGACGAGUCAGAGGCGCUACGAGUCCAAAGGGACAGCUGGCCUCCCGAAAGUAGUCGUCUAUCCUGUUAAUGUCUCGCCUCAGCGGGCGGACAGUCCAAGAGUCGCAGACUGUACCCCUGAGCAGGCUACUGCCCAAAGGCAAAGGGACUUCCAAACGGCACAUCUAAGAUCCAGCAUCACCGUCCUGUCGUCCUUGAAAGAGGUGGAUUGCACAAUCCCCCUGCAGGAUGCAAGAAGUGAGGAUGAGGAUCAACAGUGUAGGUCCCCACCAGGAGGCGGACAUGGUCUGCUUCAAAGGCAGCAGGCCACAGACGUUUCUCAGCAGCAGCAGGGCAAGUGUCUGCUUAGUCCCCGCAGUUUAGGCAGCACAGACUCUGGGUAUUUCUCACGUUCUGAAAGCGCAGACCAGGCCAUGAGUCCCCCGAGUCCCUUUGUAAAGCUAACCCCACCAACAGGCAUGGAUGUCACCAAAAAUGCACUUCCUAAUCUCUCUGCAGUGGUUGCCACUGUUAUGAAUGUGGCUUCCGUGGAGAAGCCACAUGUUGUGCAAGGACAAAUGCGUCCACCAUUAGUAACAAAAGCACUCUCUCUCGAAGAGCGGAUCUCAAAGUUAAUAUCAGACAAUGAGGCAGUGGUUGACGACAAACAGCUGGACAGUGUCAAACCAAGAAGGACCUCUCUUUCCAGGAGAGGUAGCAUAGACUCCCCCAAAUCUUAUAUAUUUAAAGACUCUUUUCAGUUUGACCUUAAACCAAUAGCGAGAAGGUCAAGUUCCAGCUCAGACAUACCCAAGUCCCCAUUCACCCCUACAGAAAACUCUAAGCCAGUAUUGCUAUUGUCUGUUCCUAAUCAGUAUCCACCGAUGGACUGUUUUCCAAUAACAAGAAGUAAUUCUAUGCCCACAACUCCAGGGCACUCGGGUAUCCCACCAAACGUUACCCAACAACCCCACAUACUACGGAUCUGCCAGUCUUUUGAUGAAAAAAUGAGUUCCUUAAACGAUGAUGUGUUUUCAUCUGCUCCCUCUACCCCAAAUCCAGCAAUACAUUCUCGUACCCUUGUACGGCAAGUAGCAGUGGAACAUUUCUCCACAAGUGAGGUCCUUACAUCAGUCCGUUCCAUGGAUGAAGGUUACCAUGGUUCUAGCGUUUCCACUGUGACAAUGCAAAGGAGCAGGUCUUUUGAGCAUGCACAAGACCCAAACCGAAAGCCUCAGCAGAGCAAAGGCACAAUGUAUGAGUGUGAGACCUGUCGUAACCGGUACCGAAAACUAGAAAACUUUGAAAAUCACAAGAAAUUCUAUUGUUCAGAACUUCAUGGUCCGAAAAACAAGCUGAUGUCUGUCAGAGAGACUGAGCUGGAUGUUUUUCAGCGUGGCAUGCAGCAGCCAUUAGUCCCCAGAACAACAGGUAUUUCAGGCAUAAUGGACCAACAGCAAUCAAUUAGAAAAAGAAGGAAAAUGAAGAGUGUUGGUGACGAUGAUGACCAAUCACCAACUGACACCAAUCCCCCAUGCUCUGUUAGUUUUGAUUCUUGCCAACUAUCAACAGCCAGUUCAGGUCGGACAUUUUCUCAGCACUCUAUCAUGGUUGAUCUACUGCCUAAAAGCAACCCACCACAAAUACCUCAAAUACAGCUAAUAGCAGGAGUUACAGAUGCAACAGAAUCAAGACUGUCACCGAUCAGAGAAACCCAGGUUAACACCUCUGGUAAAGAAAGAGGCGACCUACAGAGGCAAGGCAGCGGUACAUCAGUUAUCAGACAUACCAACUCUCUGAGCAGGCCCAAUUCAUUUGAGAUCUCUGAAUCUAUUGACAGAGCCUCUCCAGUUGAUUUCCUGGACAAAGAUGGCCAUAGCACAGGAAAAACUAAGGCAGAUGCUACAGCCAAUCUUUCAUUAGAGAGCUAUCAUGAAAAGAUGUCCAUACCUAAAUGUGCCAACCAGGGAGGGAUGGAAAACCGUGUUGACCGCACAUUAGCAGCAGUGGCUGAGAGCUGCGCUGCUGUCCAGCAGUCUCGCCUGGUUCGCCAAAACAACAUUCCUGAAAUCCUGGUCACAGAGGAACCUGAUCGGGAGCAUGACGGUCAUAGCACUGAGCAAGGGGAAAAGGCUGCAGAUACAUUCAACUGGCCCCAGAGGAGCGAGAGCCUGUCCAAGCUACCCACAGAGAAGCUUCCACCCAAGAAGAAGAGAAUCCGUCUGGCUCAGAUGGAGCACUCCUCUGGAGAAUCCAGCUUCGAGUCCUCACUGUCUCGAAGCCUCAGCAGGGACAGUAGCCUGUCAAGAUGUUCCAGCGUAUCAGCCUCCUUCGACUGGGACGAGCCAUUCAGGUCCGAGAGCCCCUCCAGAGGAGAAUGUGCCAACAAAAUCUGUGAGCUUCAAGGGCUCCCAAUAGCCUUCAACACCCUAGGGGUCCCUGGCAUGAUGAGACGUGCUGCCUCAGAACAGAUCAGUUGCACUCAACCCUCAGUGGAGAUAUCUUGCGACUAUCGCAGCAAGUCCUUCGACUGUGGCAGUGGGUCUCCCAGCAGGUCUCUGCCACCCAACAGGUCAAUGUCACCAAUGGAACUGCGAAAGAGUGCUCAAACCUCCUCGUCUCCGCAUGUACCUCUCAUUGAAAGGCGAAGGGGGCCACUGGUUCGCCAGAUGUCUUUAAAGAUUGGGCCGGAGAGUCAGCAACAUGUCGGGAAUCAUGCCAUCGCUGUCCAGAGGCUCCCCACUGUAAUCUCUAUAUCUCAGCAGAGGCCUCAACAGAUGCAACAGACUGCCAACAAUCCUCCCAUUGCCCAACCUUUUAUUUUGCAUUCUGGAGAAACUCUCCUGCAGCACAAUGAAAAAAUUGUGCAAAGCAUUAACCUGGGCAGCCAAAGUCAACUGCCUCAAGUUCAUGGUCUUCCACACCCUUGGCACCUAACAUCGAGGGUUCAGACAUGCCAAAAUCGCCAGCAAUCUGCAGUUAAUGUCAUGAUCAGCCAAGAAGAUGCUCAGAGCAAGUCUGCUGACUGUCAAGACAAGAAAAGCUUUGUACCCAAGUACCAACUGCGGUGUCCUGCUCUGAGAUCAAGCAAAACAUACUCUUCCACACAGGGUACUCAGACAACCAUGCCCGUCUUAACAAUACCCAUUGCCAACCGGAUGCAAAGUGUGUCAAAGUCUUCAGAUGUUCUCCACAAUGUCUAUGUGGCACAACCCUGUCAUCAGAUUGUAGGGAAUAAGACACAGUCGAUAGUAUUGCCUUUAGGCCUACAAAACAUCCGACCUUCUCAAAACCAGCCAAGUGCGCCCCAAUUGCCACAGAUCCUGAUAACCCAUGAGCUGAUGCACCCUUCCCCCUCUGUGGCCAGUAAAGGCAGCAUCUACAACCUUCAUGUUGUAGAUACGGACACAAAGACUGUACCAGAUAUGAACAAGGACAGGCCUCCAGCAUCUGCUGGCCUUCAAGUAAAACACAGUUUAGUUUCCAAAACCCAGAACCAUUUUGGUGAAACUCAAAUAGCUCCCUCCCUGGGCUCCUUACACUGCACCCAGAAAAUGGCAGCUGUGACCCUCUGUCCACAACAGGAGCCCAUUGCCUCAAGCAAGAGAAUGCUCUCCCCUGCCAAUAGCUUGGACAUCGCCAUGGAAAAACAUCAGAAGCGAGCAAAGGAUGAACAUGGUGCGGCAUGCCUCACUGACGGCAGGUCCGUCAACUACCUGAACUCCAACAUGGCAGAGGUGACUAGGCAACGGAAGCUAAUGCUAGUCCGGCAGGUGUGCGCCACUGAAUCAGCAGACAGUCCCAUUGAAACUGUGGCUCCCCCACUGCAACACGAGAAACCAGAGGAUGAAAAGAAUGCCCAGACUCCUAAUAACCGCAAGACUAUGACACCUGAAAGCACCGGACAGGAUGAACCAUCUACUGUAGUUGCUCAAUUACAGCCAAGCUUUGCAUUAACCACCUCUCUAGGAAGUCACGUCUCCUCCGUGCCAGCGAACGACUGCCUGAAGCCUCAAGACAAGAGCGAGGAACAGAAAUUGCCCCCUGCCAAGUCUCCCAUUAGAACCUCGACUUUCCAUGGACAGGUGAAACUGGCCUCAUCUGUAUCUGUGGUCAACACACGAGACAGCCACCGCCUGUCUUUCCCCAGCCUGAAAACUACCACCACCUUCACCUGGUGUUACCUGAUGAAGAGGAAGCCUCUGCAUGUUCCCCAGAUGGACCAGAAGAUCUCGGCCUACUCCACCUGGGCAGUGAGCCCCAACAACCCCCACCCACUGGGUCUGCCCACCAAGGUGGUGAUGUCUCUCUUCAACUCCAAGCAGAACUCAAAGAAAAUACACUACACAGAGGCCAUAACGACAAGUAUGAAAUCAGACAUCUUGGCCUAUUCAAGCAAGCUGAAAGACGUCAUGCAUAAGGUCCUAAAGCAUCAGAAGUCUCUAACAACUGAGAAUAACAGCAAAGUGAAACCUGAGACUCAGGUGAGCAGUGAAUCAGACAAGGAUUCUUCCACAUCCAAACUAGAGCCACGGAGAGUCAAGAUAUUUGAUGGAGGAUUCAAAUCUAACGAAGAGUAUGUGUACGUGCGUGGGCGGGGUCGUGGUAAAUACAUCUGUGAGGAGUGUGGGAUCCGUUGCAAGAAGCCCAGCAUGCUCCGUAAACACAUCCGCACCCACUCUGACGUACGGCCCUAUCACUGCACCCACUGCAACUUCUCCUUCAAGACUAAAGGGAAUCUGACCAAGCAUAUGAAGUCCAAGGCACACAGUAAGAAGUGUAUGGAGAUUGGUGUGGAGGACCAGGAUACAGAAGACUCGGGAGACCGUAGCCAGGUGGGCAGUACAGACCGCCCAGAUUCAGACGGAGAGGACUCCGAAGGUGCUGAUGAUGACAACGAAGAUGAUAAUGAGGAAGAGGAGGAUGACAGCCAGGCUGAGUCGGGCCUGUCCACCAACCCCUCGGUCUCAGCCAGCCCCCAGCACAUCCCCUCCUCCCUCCAGGCUGAGCUCCCUCCCAGCUCCCUUCUGGCCCAGUUGUCCAUCCACCACCACCCAGCUGCCCUGUCACUCCCCCAGCCCCCUUACUCCGACUGCCACACCCACGAUGCCUCAGAUACAGAAUCCGUGCCCAUGCUGAGCCCCGUCUCCCUGGUCAAACAGAUGUCAAUCUCCGGAGGCUGCUCCAGCCCCUUGCCCUACUCCCCGCCCCCCCACACAUCUGGCACAGAGUCGGUGCCCAUGAUGAGCCCUGUCUCGCCGUGCAGGCAUAUGUCCAUCUCCGGAGGCUGCUCCAUUCCCUUGCCCUACUCCCCGCCCCCCCACACAUCUGGCACAGAGUCGGUGCCCAUGAUGAGCCCUGUCUCGCCGUGCAGGCAGAUGUCCAUCGAUUACCCUGACUUUGACGUGCCCCCUUGUCCCCCCGCACAGGGCAAGAGCUGCUUCAAGCUCGGCCAGGUGAGCCCCACCAUGUGCUCCUCCUCCCCCCAUCCUCUCUCUCUCCAUCCCUCCCUCCAUCCCAGUCACUCUGCACUUUCAUACCCUUUCAUACCCAUACCCUUCCAUACCCUUGCUAUGAAUCCCUUAUGCGAGGCACUUCAGCAAAUCUGUUCUGAAUGAAAAGGAUGGCACUUCAGUGAGUGACCCAGGUGUCCCUGUCGGGACAGAUGUCAGCACUCAGACCUCCUCCUAUAGCCUCCAGACAUCCUCCUACAGCCCCUUGCACUUUCCUUCCCAGCGCCCGACCCAAGGACCAGGGGCCACACAGGGGACCAACACCCACCUCUUCAGCCACUUGCCUCUGCACUCCCAGCAGCCCUCACACUCCCCCUACAGCAUGGUCCCCAUGAGGGGCAUCCAGCUGGUUCCCGCUAGCCUGGCAGCCUAUUCCACCUUCGUGCCCAUCCAGGCUGGCCCUGUCCAGCUCACCAUCCCCGCCUUGAGCGUCAUCCACCGGAACACCAGCCCCCUCCCAUUCCCCAUUACCUCUAACUCCCCUGAGCCCGAUGGUAUGGUUAGUCCCUCAUCCCCCGUCAACCAGCCUCUGGUGGUCCAGGAGCCAAUCAGUAGUAUCAUGCCCUGCUUCCCCCUUGGGCAGGUGGCUGGGCUGGGGCAGGUGGCUGGGCUGGGGAAGGUGACUGGGCUGGGGAAGGUGACUGGGCUGGGACAGGUGACUGGGCUGGGGCAGGUGACUGGGCUGGGGCAGGUGACUGGGCUGGGGCAGGUGGCUGGUCUACCGGCCCUCAGGGCCUCCCACCACACGCUGCAGUCCAUGGGUCUGGAGACUCUGACCCUGACCAGCUCAGAAGGCCUGACCUCCACCCAGCUGCUGGGCCUGCAGGUCCUGGCUCACACCUCCACCUCCCAGAGCAGGACAGUCCCCCAUCACCACACCCACAUCCCCGGCCUGCAGAUCCUCAACAUCGCCGUUCCCACCCUCAUCCCCUCCCUCAGCCCCCUCUCCGGCCUCAGUCCCCUCGCCGGACCCUUUGAGAGGCAGGGCAGCCCCGAUGCCCCAGCAGCCCCACGGACCCCACAGCCCUCCUCUCAGACUGAAACCGAACCCUCAGUCAGCUGUCUGUCUGCUGCUUCCCCUCCCACCGCCACCCUGAGGGGAAGUCUCGCCCAGGAAUUGGCAUCAUCAUGCAGCAGGUCCAGCAGAUCAGGGCCGGGAGGUUCUGGAGGUUCCGGAGGUUCCAGAGGCUCCGAUGACACACAGACUUCAGAAAAGAAAGAGAAGGUAACAACAUCGCUAGCACAGCCCGCCCCAGCCUCAGCUCGAGCUCCAACUCCAGGCUGCGCUCCAGUCUCAGCUCCAGCUCCAGGCUCAGCUCUAGCUCCAGCUCCAGCCCCUGACAGGGGCCUGGAGGGGGAUAAGAAUCCUCCAGCAGAGGGAGCCAGUGAGCCUGUCACGCCUCGGAGGCAGUCGAUGCUCUCACGACAGCAGGAAACGGAAAACUACAAUGAUGACUCAGCAUCCAGCGAUGAUGAGGACAGACUGGUCAUCGCCACCUGAAACCCCCCAACCGAAUAGCCUAGUUAAAACCAGACUGAAUGCUGAGUUUACAAUGGUGAUCGCAACGUGAAAUCUGGUUAACCAGGCUACUUAUCAAUGUUCUUAUUUUGUAAUGGUUGUCACUUUAAGACUGAAAACACUUCUGGGUGGGUUUGUUUCUCUGCAAAUCACCAUUCAAAGCACAGUUUCUGACAUUCAUAUUGUUAUGUGCAAUCAAUAGAUGCUCAUGUUAAUGAUCUUUUAACUUCUUUGUCAGCUCCAGACAAUUUUUUUGUUGUUGUACAUGUUGUAUAGACAAUUGUGCCUUUUUCGUAGUGGCUUGUUUUAGGAACCUGUAAAUAAUACCUUACAAAUUCAGUAGUUGCUUGUUUGUUUUAUUUCAAUGAAAUGGAACUAAAUAGAAGAAAAUGUACCUUACCGGUUUUAUUUUGGAAAGUUUUAAUGUCAAUUGUAAAUUUAUGAGAAAAAAAAUAAUGAAUGUGUUGUACUUGGACAUUUCUAUGGAUUUGGGGCAUUGUUUCUGUGUACAGACGUUGUGUUCAACUAUUUAUUACAGUAUAUUCCAUGUAGUGCCCAUGAUGGUUCAUGUCCAUAGGUGUAAUAUGGUAACUUUUCAUUGCAGUAAUCACUAUUAUUAUCAACUGUAUCAGUAAAACUUUGUUUACAAACAUACAUUUUUAUUCAGUUUAUUUUUUUUUGUCCCCGAUGCAAAUAUCAUGUUUCCACAAUUUAAUACAAUGAAAUUAAAAUAAAAUUGGGGAAAAAUA